CAUGACUCAACAUCUGUAUACCCAUCCGGUACAUCAGUAACUUCUUUCGUCGACUCUUCUUCCAACCAAACGAGCUCCUUCAAAGCAAUUUCAUUGGUACACCAUGGGGAAAAAGUGUUGGGUUUUGGGCUGCAAGACAGGCUACGAUAGCAACAAGGCAUUCCAGCUGGAGCGGGCCGCGAAUGGGACCCCGAUCACCAUCCACAAGUUCCCCAGGGACGACGAGCUGAGGGCGAGGUGGCUCAAAAACAUUAACAGGGACGAGGAGGACGACCCAAGUGCCGAGAGGUACUGCUGUUCCUUGCACUUCAAAGACAGUGACUUUAAAUCGACACCCACAGUGCACGAAGGGGCGCAGAGGAGGAGGAAGCGGCUUGUCGAGGACGCUGUACCGACCGUAUUUAAUCGCUGCGUGGCCUACCCGCCCUGCAUGCAGGAGGCACCUCAUCCCCCCAUGCUGUCCACGUCUAUGUCCUCGUCAACAGCCAGGAGCUCGGCGCAUGUGGCAGAGGCGGCGAGUUUUGAGCAUGAGUUCAUGGACAGCGACUUGUUCACCUCCCUCGAGGAUCUAAAGGAGAAAAUCAAGGCGGAGAUACCUAGAAACUACAGAAUCUCCCUGGACAAGCACGCUAGCGAGCAGAACUGGCAGUUUCUCACCCUACUCACGUACGAGCCGGUGCUGGGAGCGCUGCCCGCCAUGGCCACAAUGCUAAGGAUUGGAGAGAACGGGAGCUUCCUCAUGACCAAAGGCGGUGUCAAGAUCGCCAACAGCAAGCUCCGCCACAUCUUGCACGGCCACUGGGAUGUCUUCACAAGGGUGAGCCAGGUCACUAUCGCCCUGGCCUUCCUGAACAAUUACAGCGUCGAGGAAACAGACAAGUGUCCCGCAGACAUCACUGUUGAAGAUUUUCACCCUGAGAAGCACGAUCCCCUCCACAUUAAACAGGAGGAGGAGUCGGAGAUGCCAUACAUCAAACAGGAGGCGGAGCUAGAGACCGCCAGCAUUAAAGCAGAAGAACAGGAAGAUGAAAUCACCAAAUUUCCAAUGAGUGUCAGAGUGAAGAGUGAAGAAAAUGAAGGUCCAAGUGAAGAGAGCGGAGCAGCAAAACCUUUGUGUGACAGCUCAUUUCAGCACCUGUCAACAAAAGAAGAGAGACUAUCGCAACCGGAUGGCCUGUUAGGUCCACUCUCUGACAGCGACGACGUAACGUCACACUCUUCUGACUUUAACACUGAUGAGGAGGAUACUGACUUUGACCAAAAUGCUUCAAAAUUCUUAAACGAAUCAUCAUUUAAAAGAGACACAAAAGAAUGCGCAGGUGGAAAACCGUUAUCCUGCUCACAUUGCGAUAAAAGAUUUCGUUGUAAGCAUAACUUAAAAAGACACAUGCGGACACACACUAGUGAGAAGACUUUUGCCUGCUCACUUUGCGAUAAAACAUUUUCUGAGAGGAUUCAGUUGGGAAGACACACGCAAACACACGCUGGAGAAAAGCCUUUUCUCUGCUCAAUUUGUGGCAAAACUUUUACUCAGAAGAGAAAUUUAGAUAUACACGCAAAAUUGCACACUGCAGAGAAAUCGUUGGCCUGCCCAUUUUGUGAUAAAAGAUUUCAUCUUAAGGAUAAGUUGACAAGACACAUACGUAUACACACUGGAGAGAGGCCUUUUGUCUGCACAUGUUGUGGGAAAGGAUUCACUGAGAGGGGAAAUUUAAACAAACACACAAAAAGCCACACUAGAGAAAAGCCUUUUGUCUGCACAAAUUGUGGUAAAAGAUUCACUCGAAAGAUUGAGCUAGAAAAACACAUGCUGGGUUACCCCUAGGAUUUUUUUUAAAGCUGUGGUGGUGCUGUGCUACAUCGGAGUCGGACAGUCACAACAUGUCAUGCCGCGGCGAAAUUGCUUCAUAUGACAAAUGGAAAAAGAAAAUUCUCAUUUUUUCCCCCAAGAAGAACACUGACAAAUAUCUUUUCGAAAUAUUUCAUUCGCCAGGCUAAUGUCAUAGCUCUCGGCUACGGUAUAUGUACUUAAAAUGCGUAGCUGAUUACAGCUACUUACAUCUCAUAGUCCCCCCCACCCCCUUUUCUUUACUUGGCCAUAAUACCGUAUUGGCCUGAAUAUAAGACGGCCCUGAUUAUGAGACGACCCCCUCUUUUUCAAGACUCAAGUUUGAAAAAGACUUUUGGAACACCAAAUUAAUUUUUAUACAGAAAAUAAUUACAGUACAUCCGAAACAAAUGAUUAUAACAAUAUAUUUGGGAGAAAAAGCAUGUUAUUUUGCCUCAUUCAAAUCUUAAUAUCUGAACAUUUAAAUAUGUUUGUUUGUUUAUUUAUUUAUUUUCCGUUCAGGCAUGACAAAUCCAAAACAUACAGCAUUUAUAUGUGUUUACAAUUAAUUCAACCCGAAAAGAAAAGGGCUGACGGGAGAAGCCGACGCUUAUUGAAACCUGUCCCAUAUACCAUAUGGGACACAGAAAAUAUCGAAUAUCAAUUUUUGACAUUCAGAUUUCGUAAUGAUUACAAGUUUGUUUUUGUUUUUUUCAUAAUAACCAUCCCCUCCGAUUGUUCAUUUUCCCAAUACUCCAUUGUCGAUCGUGGCAAUGUGCUCGUUAUGUUGAUUAGAUCCAGUAGAUUCGUUCAUAAUUCAGUAAUCAGUUUAUUCAGUUGAUUCGAUCCAGGAAAAUGCGUCCUUCGAGUGUCUGAGUAACUAUGUAAACUAAAGUGCAAUCACAUUCGUAAAUGAAUGGCUUCUGGUUUUUGAAAUGUAAAUAAACCAAUCUAUUGUGAUAAAACAACAAAAUUGCAAUAACUGCAUUAACCAUCAAAGUGAAGUCUAACUGUAGUCUUGAAACAAAUCUGAAUAAGGAAAAAACAUUGCAAUAAAAUAAUGCAAACUGGUUAAACUAAAAAGAGUAGCUGGUAUCUGUCAUGACAGAACAUCGCUUCAAUGAUAUAUGGCGCCAUCUAGAGUCGUGAAUGGGUAUAAUGUCUAGACCGCAAAUAUAAGACGACCCCCUCUUUUUCAGUGUUAUUUCAAUGCAAAAAACACCGCCUUAUAUUCGGGCCAAUACGGUACGUACUACAUUACUACAACAACAAUAGUCCGUCUGUUUACUGACCCUCGUCCAUAGACAACGUAAAUUCUGUCUUAAUACUUCAAAAUACUCAUCUGAAAUUACGACCAGUGAUAUCAGCAACGAACAAAUGGUAUGCUAAAACGCAAAGAUUCAGGUCAAAUACGCCAUAAAGAACUUAAACGUUAGGUCAAUGUCAAUAUUAAAGUCGUUUUCACUGGCCUAAAUCAGAAUUACAUUCUUUAACUUGAAAGAAUUUCCUGUGGAUUCUUGUCACAAUUUCCAACUCUGCACAAACGUGGUAGGCACAAGCUUGCAGCAGAAGAACCAAUGUGAUUUUCAAAAUAGAGCAUGUAAAGGAACAAUUUUCAUUUGACGUGCUAUUUCAGACGAUUUCUGGAAAAUAGUGCGUAAAUAGUGAACUACAGUCAUUUAGACGUUUGACUGCUGUAGAUCUACAUUUGCAUUUAUUCACACAAAUCCAUAUCUGUUCAUUUCACAUGGUUGUACAUGAUAUUUUCAAAGCUAUUUGUUUUAUCUGCAUACAAGGAGUUUUUUUGCCAUUGUCAUGUCUAGCUAUGGGCGGUACGAGCCUGGCUUGGUUUUUUUUCCACAGUUCGUGGAAGACCGCAGAUAUAAAUGGUAUGCACGCUGAGAUUAGGGCCACAUUUGUGUCUUUCCUCACUAAAUGUAAACCCAGUACUUUCUUUUUGUUCCUGAAUUGUGUCUCGUCAUCUCCUGUUCGUUAACAGAAUUAAAGAACCUGUAAAAUGGAAAAAUCAACUUUCUUUUUCUUCACACUCCAUCAGAAAUUGCAAGUUUACGAUUCUGCGUAUGGGUGUAAUGUUACAAACGGCUGCGAAUGCAGCGAUUCUGAAGUAAACGCCAAAAACUUUGUUAAGAAAAGAAAAAGCACUUGCGUUCAGAAUUGGGUAGUAACGCGUUAUAUUUAUUCCGUUACAUUUACUUGAGUAACUUUUUAAGAAAAUUGUACU